AUGGCGGAACUGCAGAUGCUGCUGGAGGAAGAAAUUCCUGCGGGACGGAGAGCGUUACUGGACAGUUUCACCAACCUGGAGAGAGUGGCCGAGUACUGCGAAAGCAACUAUGUCCAGUCCGCAGACAAGCAGCGAGCGCUGGAGGAGACGAAGAGCUACACCACCCAGUCUCUGGCCAGCGUCGCCUACCUCAUCAACACGUUGGCCAACAACGUCCUGCAGAUGCUGGACAUCCAGGCCUCACAGCUCCGCCGCAUGGAGAGCUCCGUCAACCACAUCUCACAGACCGUCGACAUUCACAAAGAGAAGGUGGCGAGGCGGGAGAUUGGCAUCCUGACCACCAACAAGAACACGUCCCGCUCACAUAAAAUCGUUGCGCCGGCCAAUCCGGAGAGGCCGGUGCGCUACAUCAGGAAGCCCAUCGACUACAGCGUGCUGGAUGACAUAGGACAUGGCGUGAAGGUGAACGGCCAGCAGAACAUGAAACUAGGAGGAGGUCUGUCCCGGUCUAAUCCCCCGACUCAGAAACCGCCGAGCCCUCCAAGGGCAGGGAAGGGCAUCUUAGGGAAGAACUCCCCCUACAGGACCUUGGAGCCAGUGCGCCCCCCAGUGGUGCCCAAUGAUUAUGUCUCCAGCCCCACCAGAAACAAUGUGGCCACCGGGCAGCUUCCCAGUCCGGCCCGCACCGCCACCCUCAACCAUCGACCCCGAACGUACAGUGGUAGCAGUGGAGGCAGUCAUCCCAGCAGCAGCAGUCGGAGCAGCAGCAGGGAAAACAGCGGCAGCGGCUGUGUGGGAGUUCCCAUUGCUGUGCCGACGCCCUCUCCACCCUCCACCUUCCCAGUUUCCCCGACUGCUGGACCGGCCAGCUCCUCUUCCACUGCUCCUAACUCCUCCCCCUCCCCCUCACCGACUCCUUCCUCCUUCUCUUCCUCCUCCUCCACCACAACCCUAACACAACCCCACGCACCCCUGCCACCAAACUCGCCUUCACAACCUACAGACUCCCCUCCUCAAUCAAAUGCACCCGCCAGCACUUCCUCACCCUCUAACCCCGCCCCCAACACGUCCGAAGUCCAAUCGGGUGUUUUGUCUGGAGAAGUGUCUCCUCUCCUUCCUCCUGCCCCUCCUCCUCUCUCCUCCUCUUCCUCACCACCUGCUGAAGGUCCGAUUGUCCCUCAGUUCUACAGCAUGAACCGGCCUCAGCCACGGCAGCAGGCUCCACAGGUGGGGGGGUCUCUGCCUUACCGCCGCCCCCCCUCUGUGACCGGUCAGCCAAUUGCAACACAGAACCAAGUCAACGGCGGUCCUUACUACAACCAAAGCCCAGCCUCCCCGCCGCCCCCCUCUCUCCUCCAGUUCACCCCUCAGCUUCCUCUGAUGGGUUUUGUCGCUCGAGUUCAGGAAUCCAUCUCAGAUGCCCCUUCUCCCCCUCACCCGGUUGCUGAGAGCCAAUCGGGGCCUGAGGAGCCCCCACCAACUCCUCAGCCUUUGGAAGAUGGACAUGAAGAAGAGGACUCAGCAGUAGUGGAGUACAACGACCCGUACGCUGAGGAAGACCCACCAUGGGCCCCCAGAAACUACCUGGAGAAAGUUGUGGCCAUUUACGACUACACGGCCGACAAGGAGGACGAGUUAUCGUUCCAGGAAGGAGCAAUCAUCUACGUCAUCAAGAAGAACGAGGACGGCUGGUUUGAAGGAGUGAUGAACGCAACCACCGGCCUGUUCCCCGGGAACUACGUGGAGUCCAUCAUGCACUACACCGACUGAGGACAGAGAAGAAGAAGUCUUUGUUCUGCUCGUCUGUUAGAGGACUCAGAGGCGUCUUCAGGCGCCGUCUGGACUUAGUGUCAGUCUCACCUGGAGAAAUGAGUUUGGUGUGAAGGUGGCAAACAUUUCUUUGACGGAAGCCUGCAAGGGACAUUUUUAAAUGUAGUUUUUUUUUGUGAUCACAGGAAAUUUGUAUCAACAUUUCAACAAAAAAUAGUUUUCUUAUGCUCAGUGACACAGUUGUCGCUAAUCACACUUCCUCCUCUCAGUUAAAACUCCAGAUACACACACUGUCAGAUUAAACCAUCCAGGUUUGUUCCAGAUGUUCAUCCAGAAUAAACCCCAAUCAAAAAAGGCCUACAAAGAGCAUUAGGAAUCGCUGCUUGUGCCCUACAGUGUGUCUCCUCUGGGAGUUUUGCACUGGUCCUUCUCUCUUUGUCUCCCCAGCAGAGGACAUUCAGAGGACAUUAACCACGUGGGAAAACCAGAAGACACUGAGACAUGUGAAAUAUAUUUUGAGCAGAAAAAGACAGAUUGAGAGGAAGCUAUGCAAAAGCCGCCUUCACACCAAACACUGAAUCCAGAGAUGUUGUUCCCCUUUCUCUUCCUCAUCCCUCUGAAACACACCUCUGACAGACAGACUCCGAUCAUCCUGUCAUCCAGUCAGGAGAAACGAGAAACUCCUCGUUCCUUUGACCCUUAACCAAUCCUCCACACUCCUGUGUUCUCCAGCCUCAAAUUCAUCGUUUUGGUCAGUGAAGUAAAAAGAGGCGCUGAGGACUCUGGGAGAGGAACUAGAGAUGAAAUGAAAGAAGGAAGGAAUGAGGAAGACACUAGGAGUCACAGAGGCGUUACACUAAUCAAACUGCAAUCGAAGAAGGAAGUACACGAACACUUUUAUUUUGAAGUGGGAGGGAUCCUGCUGUGAUGGACAGUUUGUGUCUCUGCUGGGCCAUAAAUUCCUGCAGCACCUGUUUCAUUAACGUCUCACAUCCAUCUCUGGUGUGAAGCCUGGGACAUGAGCCUUGUGUAUGUUUUACACACAUAUUUGAAGUUCUUCUGGUGUCAUGUGGUUUUCCCGCCUCAGUGUGUCCUGUAGUCCUGCAGUGAAGUGGACCCGAACAAACCGCCCGGUGGAGACUCUGGACCUACUGCCAGUUCUGAAGUUUACAGUGUGUUUGCCUGCAUGCCUGAUAUAUAACUGACAUGUUUACCCACAGUGUUUUCAUAUUCUUCUUCUUCUGUUUGUAUUUUCUUUUCUAUAGUUGCACCAACUUUUUUUUUAAUUCUCUGUUUGAUCAACAUCUGUUCGGUGGAUUUUGGUUGUAAUGGCCCUUUAAGAUGGAGGUGGAUAUUUUUGUGCCAUAUAGUGGUGUGAAUGCAGGUGUGUGUGUGUGUGUGUGUGUGUGUGUGUGUGUGUGUGUGUGUGUGUGUGUGUGUGUGUGUGUAAACCAAACCUUCCCUCGUGGACUCUGAAGUGACAGUGGACCUGAAAACAGUGUUUCCUUGAUGUACAGUUUUAUUUAAAAACCAGAGGACGCCACAUUAACACUCCCACCGAAGCGUGGACAGAGCAGCAGCAUUCGUGAGACAGUGUGUGUGUGUGUGUGUGUGUGUGCAUACUGAACACACACCGAAAACAAACUUGUGUGUUUUGCGGCGUAAACGGUGAAAAAUUGUUUAUGGUUCAAAAUCAUAUUUCAUGUUUCACAGUUUCCAGCAACAUUUGCAUAAAUUAGCAUUUGAAUUAGCUGUGAGUCUCCCACAGUUCACUUCUGCUAAGAUGAUUUUCAUGUCUGUGUAAUUCUUUGUAGGUGACUUUGGGUCAGUAAUGUUAAUAAUAGUAAUAUCUCAGCCACUGGGUACAGUACAAACUUCACUGAUAAUUCAAAAUGCUGAUGCUGAUGCUUGUGUCCAUGUGUAACAGCUUGAAAAAGCUCCAUGAGGUCUGGAUCAGACCGGUGACACCCAGACCAGUUCCCGUUCACCUGAGCAGCUCACAUUUUGGCGUGCUCCGGUUUUACCUGCAAUAUCCCUUUAACCAGUGUGGAUUGAGCGAUGAGAUGAUGAGUGAAAUGUUGCAGACGACUUCUCUGAAUUUUUUUUUUUUACCAGGAAUCUGCUUCAUCUUUCUCCCUGCAGCUGAUAAAUCUUCAUUAUUAGAGAUUGAUCUGAUUCCAAAUUCACACUGAGCUGGAGUUUUCAGACAGGAAUAUAUUUUUAACCAGCAGAUAUAUGUGUGAUUUCUGAUGAUGUUUUCAGGGCUGGUAUGUUUAAAGAACAUUCCUAAACUUUGUCUCAUGACUCCUCUUAAACGUCUCAGUAAAAAGCAGGAUUUCACAGCUAAAAACGAGAAUAUUUCCCCUGUUGGUAUGUUGAUAAUGACGUGUUUGUUCGUGGAAUAAAUCUGUAGUUAUUCCUGUUUUUUCUGAGACAGAAAACUCAGCGUCCCUGUUGUACAGGUACAGGUACAGCUCAUCACCACACUGAUUCCGAUUACUGAGAUAAUCUGGAGGAUGAGACCAAGUCUUAACACUCAGGAACAUUUAUUCCUAAUUCUUUGCAUUUUUAAACGUUCUCUGACUUUAAACACACCGGCCCCACCUGUUAGCUCCACCUGUUAGCUCCACCUGUUAGCUUUAUGAAAUGAACCUGCAACACCUGUCACCUGGACUCUGCUUCAUGUUCUGAUGAUUCAGUCCUGGUACUUUUACUCCAUCCUAACCUGAGAGCUCAUUAGAUGAGCUGUGGUUUCAGCUGUAAACCUUCCUCUCACCUUCCUGCUGGAAUGUGACGUCCAGAGAAGCUUCUGUUCUCCAGAGCGAAGCAGACUGGAAGCACAUGGGUCUGAUGUUAGAAAGAAGAGUAAAUGUUUUAACAGCCUGACUGUGUCACUCUUGUUUGUUUAUUAGAAGCUGGAUGAUUGUGAGAAGGUUGUUGAGCAGUGAAGUGAAAGAAACUUUCAGUAAGAGGGAGACGUGUCCUCAGCUCAGAGUGAAGAAGACAGUGACUUAGUGUCCACACACAGUGACAUGUCAGAGAAACCAUAAGUUAUUUUAUCUCCAGUUUCAACUAAUGUGAAAUUAACAACAAAGAAAUAGAAAUUAGUUAAAACAAAUUCAUUAGAUCUAUUAGACAUUUAUUCAAAAUCUCUUCAAAUCAAUAAUUAUAUCUGUUACACUCACUCCUACAUAUCUGUCAUACUACAUACACAUACAUACAUACACUGCAUUAUUACCACACGACAGAAAAUGAAAUAAAUGUGAUAUCAAAUAAAUCAUAACAAGUUAAAGAGACGUUUCCGCUCUGAGUCUUUUCACCCACUUUCAUUCACACGUCAUGGCCUUCUUCCACUAACCGUCCUCCUUUGGGACAUGAUGGAUCUCAACAUUCAUCAGAUUCCUACUGAUGAACAUUAACAGUAACACUUAUUAUUAACGUUAAUCAGCUAAUAUAUUAGUAUUAAUAUAUUAACAAUAUGAAGUCACACUUUUACACUUAAGGCCCUUUUAGGUCACUGGAUCAUAUCUAAAAAUUAUAAAACAUUUA